AUAAAAUUUUUCUUAAGAAAAAGAAAAAAAACUAUAAAUACAAUUAUAGUUUCUAAGAAUCAGAUACAGAUUAUGAGAAUUUAGAUUGAAAAUUAAAAAAAAAAAAAGAAAACAAAAAAGAGAACAAAAUUAGCGGUUUCACAUAUAUUUCUGUUUGCCUCACUUCUUCUCCUUCCUCGAGUGUGGUUCCCUGAGGAGCAAAGCAACUCAUCGUUCCUUUAUUAUUCUUUCACUUUCUCUCUCUCCUCUUGGAACUCUCUCCCUCCUUCUCUUUUUCUCUAUAUACCACUCUCAGAUUCUUCCCCUUCUUUGUUCACUUUGUUUAAUUUAAGGUUAAUUUUUGAUUUGUUCUAUCCAAAUUCAAAAGAGGGAUGGCGGCUUCCGAGAAUUACACCGACAAGAACGCUAUUUUUCGGAAGCUCAAGGCUAAGUCCGAUAAUAAGAUGUGUUUCGAUUGCAACGCUAAGAAUCCCACCUGGGCGUCUGUCACGUAUGGGAUCUUCCUUUGUAUUGAUUGUUCCGCCGUUCACCGGAGUCUCGGCGUUCACAUUAGCUUUGUUAGGUCAACCAAUUUAGAUUCAUGGUCUCCCGAUCAGUUGAAAAUGAUGGCCUUCGGUGGAAAUAACCGUGCUCAAGCUUUCUUCAAACAGCAUGGUUGGACUGAUGGGGGCAAAAUUGAGGCCAAGUAUACUUCUAGGGCUGCUGACUUGUACAGGCAACUGCUUGCCAAAGAAGUUGCUAAAAGUGCAGCUGAUGAAGCUGGUUUGCCAUCAUCACCGGUGGCUUCUCAAUCGGGAUCAGCUGGUAACGGUUUCCAGGAUGUUAAGGCUGCUGAAGCUCCGAAUCGUAGCUCUUCUCUUAAGAGUGAAAUUCCAGAGGCCUCGUCUUCCCCAAGAGCUUCGCAAUCUGUUAGCACGACAUUUAAGAAGCCUCUUGGUGCAAAAAAAACUGGAAAGACUGGGGGUCUUGGAGCUCGCAAGCUUACCACCAAGCCUAGUGAAAGUCUUUAUGACCAGAAACCUGAAGAAGCACCUCCAGUUCAAGUUCCAUCCUCCGACACCUCAAACGGCACACCAAAAUCGUUUGCAUCUCGUUUUGAGUUCUCAGACAAUGUGCCACCUGCAGAAACGAGCACCGGGGGUACACGUAUUCUUAAUCAUGUAUCACCACCAAAGUCAUCCAAUUUCUUUGCUGAAUAUGGAAUGGAUAGUGGUUUCACGAAGAAGACCAGCUCAAAUAAUUCCAAAGUGCAGGUUGAGGAAACUGAUGAGGCAAGAAAGAAGUUUUCAAAUGCUAAAUCCAUCUCUUCGGCCCAGUUUUUUGGUGAUCAGUACAAAUCAAAUGACAUUGGAAAUUCAGUCUCUCUGCAGAAGUUCUCGGGUUCAAGUGCCAUUUCUAGUGCUGACCUCUUCGGCGACCGUGACAACUCUAAUCUUGACGUCUCAGCAAGCGAUCUUAUCAAUCGUUUAUCUUUCCAGGCACAACAGGAUAUCUCCUCUUUGAAGAACAUUGCGGGAGAAACGGGGAAGAAGCUGAGCUCCUUGGCGUCCACUUUAAUGUCGGAUCUGCAAGACAGAAUCCUCUGAUAAUGAUGCAUCAUAAUGUGUAAAAUAUUUUAGAGGAUAUUGUCACGGAUAUUGCAAAAGAUUUAAAUAUUUUAUGUAGAUGUAAAAAAGGAAUCUCAAAUUUUUUUUCCGUCCGGAAAACCGAGAUAACAUUUACUUGUCCGUGCUUAUGAAACCGAGACCAUACUUUGCACUUGAGAAUUGAGAAUAUCAUGUAAGGAAUUAGUAUUUGCCACCUUGUAGUAGUCUUGGGACAUUAUGCCAAUUUUCAUACAGGUGAUUUGUUUUGGAAUGAUUUGACGCAACUUGGAUACAGUCCCUUUCUGCCCUAUUAGGGCAUAGCGCAAAUUGUCUCAUUUGUUAGUUAAUAGUUUUUGUUAUCAGUCAACAUACCGCUUUUGUGCCGAUUAUAAAAUUAGUAAAGCUUGUUUGUCAUUUUUGUUAUAAGCCAAAUAAAUAUAGUUACAGUCUUGUAGACGCUUGUUUGAAUUUUAAAACAUGCGCCCAAGCUUCUAAAGCAC